CUCCACCUCCUUGGGUUUCUGCAUUUGAUAUAGCUAAAUCAUAGAAAGGAAUAGAACCCCACAUUCCUCUGCUUUUCUUAAGGCUUUUUCUGGCAUAGGAACAUGCAUCAUUUUCUUCUAGGAUACUUGAUCCUUUCUCUGGGGAUCCUCAUUUCAUUGGUCCACUCCAAAACAGAUUCCCCAGAUGUUUCUGCACUUAAUGUGAUGUUUAAAAGCUUAAAUACUCCAUCACAAUUAAGUGGUUGGAGAGCGAAUGGCGGUGACCCUUGUGACGAUUCCUGGGAAGGGAUCAAAUGCUCAGGCUCAUCUGUAACUGAAAUAAAGUUAUCUGACUAUGAACUCAGUGGACAAUUGGGCUACCAGCUAUCAAGUUUGACUUCUGUCACCACUUUUGACUUGAGCAAGAACAACCUCGAAGGUGAUAUUCCAUACCAACUACCUCCAAAUGCUGUACACAUAGACCUUUCUGAAAAUAAGUUUAGUGGUACUGUGCCUUACUCAAUAUCUCAGAUGACCAGCCUCGAAGACAUAAAUCUUAGCCAUAAUCAACUCAAUGGACAGCUGAGCGAUAUGUUUGGGAAACUUCAAAAACUCAAGUCAUUUGAUGUAUCAUUCAACCAACUGUCAGACAAGCUGCCGAAUUCUUUCGCAAAUCUUGCAAGUAUAAACACUUUGCAUCUACAAGACAACCAAUUCACUGGUUCAAUUAAUGUCCUUGCUGACCUUCCCCUAAAUGAUCUGAAUGUUGAAAACAACAAAUUUACUGGAUGGAUUCCUAAUGAGUUAAAGGACAUUGACAACCUAGAAACUGGAGGAAAUUCUUGGUCAUCUGGGCCGGCUCCCCCUCCACCCCCUGGGGUACAACACAGUCAUCCUAAUGGAGAAGGGAAGGAAAGUAAUGGUGUGGAGAAGUCUGUUGUGAACGCAGUAAUUAUAGCUGUAUCAUGUUUAGGUGUCCUCGUGGUGCUUGCUCUUCUUAUUGCUGUAUUCUCAAAGAGAAGGUCGCCUCCUCCAUCCUCGCAUUUUCUUGAUGAAGAAAUGAUCAGUGGGCGUAAAGGAUUUACUCCCCUUCAAUCACGGGAGUUAAGCCCUGAAUCAUAUGUUGGCAUUUUAAAAGACCCUAAAGAAUUUAAAUCAAUGGAUUCAAGUGUUGCCAUAGAUAUGAAGUCUUUGCAAAAGUCUCCGUCAAUGGGCCUUAAGCGUUCAGUUUCUGGUCGUGUUUCCUUCAGUGCAAAUGAGUUUGCAAGCCGUCUGAAAGGCAGAAGAAACACCUCUGUUCAUGCUGUACCUUAUUCUUUGGCGGAUUUACAGAAUGCUACUGCUAAUUUUGCAUCAGGUCGCCUUCUGGGUGAGGGUACCAUUGGACGUGUUUAUAAGGCAAAAUAUCCGGAUGGAAAGGUUUUAGCAGUGAAAAAGAUAGAGUCCCCACUAUUUCAAGGCGAGAGGCCAGAGGGAUUUUCGGAAAUUGUUACAAACAUAUCAAAGCUUCACCAUCCAAACAUUGCUGAACUUGUUGGCUACUGUUCAGAACAGGGGCAUAACAUGUUAGUGUAUGACUAUUUCAGGAAUGGCUCACUCCAUGAGUUCCUACAUGUGUCAGAUGAUUUUAGCAAACCACUGACUUGGAAUACCAGAAUCAGAAUUGCUUUAGGUGCAGCCAGGGCUGUUGAGUAUCUCCAUGAUUCUUGUUCUCCGCCUAUAGUUCAUAAGAACAUCAAGUCAUCUAAUAUUUUGCUUGAUCUUGAACUCAAUCCUCAUUUAUCUGACUAUGGUAUGGCAAACUUUCAUCAGCGUACAAGCCAAAACCUCGGACUAGGAUACAAUGCUCCAGAAUGUACAACGCCUGCAGCCUACACACUGAAGAGUGAUGUUUACAGUAUUGGAGUGGUCAUGUUAGAGCUAUUGACUGGUCGGAUGCCUCUCGACAGUAAAAGACCAAAAUCAGAAGAGUGCUUGGUGAAAUGGGCCAGUCCUAAGCUGCAUGACAUAGAUGCACUGGCAAGAAUGGUUGAUCCCGCCUUGAGGGGACUGUAUCCUCUCAAGUCUCUCCCUCCAUUUGCUGAUAUUAUCGCCCUCUGUGUGCAGUCGGACCCAAAGCUUCGGCCUCCAAUGUCUGAGGUGGUGCAGGCAUUGGUAAGGUUAGUUCAACAAUCAACCAUACACAUGAGGGAGGAUCUUUCAGCUUCUCGCCGGACAGAGGACUCUGACUAAUAACUCUUUGCUCCUUUUCCGUUUUUCAUGUAUAAAAUUUCAACCAGAUUUAAGUGCAGAAGAAUGUUUUCCCUUUUUCAUCCAUUACUUUUUUCUUUUUUGGCAAAAAAUUUUGAUUAUCUGCUUGUAGAAAUGUUAGAAACAUAGAAUCUUUAGGGCCUCAAUUUUAUGUAGUCGGCAAUUCUUUUUCAUUUUCAGAAGGA